CUAGCGAGAGGCUGGCUUGCUUUCCUGGCAUUCCUAAACCAUGAGCUUGGAUGCUGGCCACAGAACGUCCUGUUUUUCCUUAGUUUGCUUCUUCUCUUGCUGGAUACUUUUCUAGUUGGUCCCACAGCGUUGCCUGACAAAACUAAAGGUUUGAUCUGGAACAGAAAUUACUUUUGGGUUGUCAUCUUGCCUGGAGAAGAUCACCCGUGUGUUGCUGCUGGGCCUCCAGUCUCCUCCUCCGCUGGCCCUCUUAGUCACCCUUUCCCAGACCUGCUGUGGUGUAGAGCAUUCCUUUACUUUAAAAAUAUCAGCUAAGAGGGGAAGGAGAAAUGAAAUGAACUGUGCAGCACCACGUAUUUGAGAAAGGGCAGCAGGACAAACCUGAAGGAUGGGCUCCUCCAGAGAGAAGAUCUCCUUGAAUGUGGGCGGAGACCGGUAUGAGAUCUCCCCCAGCACUCUCCAGGCUUUCCCGGGGACCAAGCUUUGCCACCUCACAGAGCCCCAGGCCUGCACCGUGUUUGACUAUGACUGCAACCACAAAGAGUUCUUCUUUGACAGAAGCCCUCGGCUGUUUGGUGAAGUGCUGAACUAUUACAGGACCAAACACCUCCACUGCCCAGAAGGCAUCUGCAAGUCUGCCUUUGAGGAGGAGCUAGCAUUUUGGGAGAUCAGCCAUGUGCCCGUGGCUCCCUGUUGCUGGCAGAAGGUGGCCAAUGCAGAGGCCAGGCAGGCAGAAGGCAUCCUCUGUGAUGAGACAAGUGAGUCUGACCGCCGGGGUCCCCCGCUCUCAGGGGAAAGAAGGAGUAACAGCUGGCGAGCCAAACAGCAGCCCAAAAUAUGGGCUCUCUUUGAAAACCCCUUUUCCAGUUUACGUGCAAAAUGCCUGGCUGUUGUUUCUCUGCUGUUCAACAUUGGCAUAGUCAUCAUUUUUGAAGAGAAGAGUCGGGCACAGUUACACUACCGCUAUUCCACUACUAUUUCCAUCCUUGAAAAUCACACUCAACACGAGCACUAUUCUUUUGUCUACCAGCCAGCCAAUAACUACCUGUACUUGGAGCUUUUCUGCAUCCUCUGGUUCACCUUCGAGUUUUCUGUUCGGCUCACAUUCUGCCCAGACACAAAAAUGUUCUUCAGAAACCCUCUCAACGUGACCGAUUUCCUUUCUCUGUUUCCAGUAUACAUUGAGAUCUUCUUAACUGGACAUAUCAACAAUAUGCUAAGCCUCUUAUCCUGGCUGGGUUUGUUCCGUGUGCUCUACGUAGUCAAACUCUUGAAGAUCUUCAAACUUCUGGAGACCCCCCUGAUGUUGAGAGUGCUGCCCUUCACAUUCCGGUCCAUCUUGAAAGAGGUCUUCAUCCUCAUGAUGAUUUUUACCUUUGAGAUCCUUUUCUUCGGUGCCCUCUGUUAUCAUGUGGAACUCCAUGAACCAGAGACAUACUUUGAUGGAAUGAUCUCUUCCUUUUAUUGGGCAGCGAUUACGCUGACCACUGUUGGCUAUGGAGAUAUAGUUGCCUUCUCUCCAUUUGGCAGAGUAAUUGCAUUCUGUGCAGCAAUUUGUGGCAUGUUGACCAUCAUCAUUCCCCUCCUGAUCUUUUUGAUCAAGUUCCAGGGUCAUUAUGCCAUGGCUGUAAUGAAGGAGAAGAUGAAAAGCAACAAGAGGAGCCAUUAAGAGAGCAGUAGAACUUGCACGGGACGAGCAAAAGCCCUUCUGAAGAGCUCACACAGUUGUAUCUUAGGAUGCUAAUAUCUAGUGCCUCUUCUUUUACUGAAUGGUAUUCAAAGAAUACUCUAGUAUACACUGCACUUUUCUUGCAUGGAAAAAAAAAGAAUGCUUUUUCUUUA